AUGGCUUCGAGAUGCUCGCUGCGCAGCUCUUGGCUGUCUGCUGUUGCUGUUUGUCCACCGCAGCGAUGUAGCACCUUGACGAUAGCAGCGUCGCUCGCUCUCAAUCUCGGCAGCCCUAGCAACGCUAGCGUCAGGCAACUGCAUUGUUGCGCUCCUACCGCGCACAACGCUUCACGCACUCUCACCUUGCUGCAAGCGCCAAAUCGUCGGAGCUUGGCCACCUCUACGUCGCGCACCACCAACGACACCAUCUUCGCGCUGGCUACCGGCGCCGGACGAGCAGGAGUCGCCAUGAUCCGCAUCUCGGGUCCGCUUACAUCUGACGUCUACUUGGCACUCUGUCGGACGUCGCAUUCUCAACCCUACACUCGUCUGCCACCAUCGCACAAACUCGUGCUACGUAACCUACACCACCCUCACACGUUCGAACUGCUCGAUGCAGGUGCUGGCAUCAUUCACUUCCCCGCGGGCUCCAGUUACACUGGAGAAGAAUCGCUCGAGCUGCACAUUCAUGGUGGGCUUGCUACCAUUUCUGGUGUUCUCGAUGCACUAGUGGUGUUUGGCGGCAGGAUGAGAAUUGCGGAACCAGGCGAGUUCACCAGGCGAGCCUUUGAGAAUGGCAGAUUGGAUCUGGCGAGUGCUGAAGCGCUGCAUGGGUUGGUGCUGGCCGAGACGGCGGUGCAGAGGAGAGUUGCGUUGCAGGGGACGAGCGGUUUGCAGACCGAACGAUUCGAGCGGAUUCGAGAGGUGCUGUUGAGCGCAAUGGCGAUGGUCGAGGCGCUGAUCGACUUUAGCGAUGAGGGGGGAGUUGAGGAGGGGACUUGGAAGGUAGCGAGAGAAUCGGUGGAUGCGUUGGCGGUCAUGUUGCGGACCGAGCUGGGCAUCUCGAGCACAGGCACGGACUCGAAUAGCGAUCGUGACAACAAGAUCAAGCGACAGCCGAGACACAUUGGGGAAAUUCUGAGCACGGGAAUCCAUUUGGCGCUCUACGGGCCACCGAACGCUGGAAAAAGCUCGCUUCUAAACCGACUCGCUGAUCGGAACGCUGCCAUCGUUAGCGAUAUACCCGGUACAACGCGCGACGUCUUGCAAGUGCAUCUAGACUUGGCCGGGUACAAGGUAAUUGUUUACGACACGGCUGGAAUGCGUGAUGAGUCGCAACUUGCGCAUGGUUCUGAUCAACCGAGCCUGGACGAGAUCGAGCGCAUCGGUAUCCGACGAGCCAAGGACGCUGUCAGCAACGCUGAUCUGGCCCUGCUCGUUCUACCCGCACAUCAAGCAUCAGCAUGUGAUGCGCAAUACAUCCUACGUCCGCACAGCUACACGCACACCGACCGCGAUCUGAUCUUUUACAACAAGUCGGACCUCCUCGGCGCAUCCUCGCCCUCCUCGUGCGCUCCUACGUCUUGCUCCAUAACAUGGCAAGGCAGCGUCCACACGAACCACAAUAUCCCCAACCUCAUAUCUGACCUAGCCCACUUGAUCGCCACCAAAUACUCGCUUGCGUCCACCGAAACCCCGCUGAUCACCCAAACGCGUCACCGAGCACUCCUGCACCAGUGUCUCGAACACAUCCACGCCUUCGAAAAGCUUGCCGAUACCGAGCACCUGGACCUCGUACUCGCAGCCGAAGAGCUCAGAUACGCCGCCAAAGCCGUCGGUAAAAUAACCGGCAGAGACGUCACGCCAGACGAGAUCCUAGGUAGCAUCUUUGCUACUUUUUGCAUUGGCAAGUGA